AUGGCUUCCAGGCCGGCCUCCAGAUGCGCCUGUGUGCCUGCAAUCUUCCCAUUUCCAGAGCCCAUCCCGCAUGAAGUGCCCCGGAGGUCCGAACGCAAGCCGCAGAUGAAGAAUGGCUCUGGCCAUAGUGAUGAUCCAGGUGCCUUGAAGCUGCGCGUGCAGAACCCGUCCUUUGUGGCGGAGCAGAAGCGAAGAGCAAAUCGCUGGAUCCAGGAAACUGCACCAACCCCGGUGGCCAACAAUAAGCGGGCACUCUGGCUGGUGCUGAAGAAAGAUCUGGAGGCCAAACGGCAAAGGUACCAAGCUGCUUUCAGGCGCGCAUGCCCUUUGACGUUUGGCUCCUGA